CUGCAGCCUCACCUGUUAAGGCUAUUUUCCAUAGGGCAAACGAACCACUGUGGCCAUAGUCGACCUAACCCUAACCUCUAGUCAGUAUAUUAGAGUCAUAAUUUUAGUGGUGCAAAGCCUGGACUAUGGCCGACAAAACUAUAGAAAGUAGUGUUUCCCCACCUUUUCCCGCGCCACACACUGAAUUCGCGACGUCCAGAACUCAUGUCUGGCAGAUAGAAAUGUAAAUAGGAAUAUAAGGAGGCGUGUAAAUAGGGUUAUUCUUAGUUGUUAACAAAUGUAGAUGUAUGAACAAAUAGGUAUGACAUGACACACUGGUUUAUAUGUUUAGUACUCGAAUUCCUACACUCUUGCCUUAGUGCACUAGUACUCGUACAUGCAGUCUACUCGUACAAAACCAGUUGUUCAAUUCUUUAUGUUACAUAUAAUUUAAAGAAAUCGACAAAAGUAGCAAUAUGUCAACUUUGUUUAUCUUAUGCUAGAUAUUUGCGACGUUAUCAUUUUUAAAGCGAUAUUCUGAACUUUGUUAUGUGGGUUUGGCGGGUUUCUGGAAAGAUUGAGUUACUCCCCUUCGUUGCUAUUACGCCAUUUGUGUGUCAAUUAGUCUGAUUGCUUCGAAAUUGAAGGUAUACUCAAACCCACAAAGUGCAUUUGAUGCCCUGAAAGGUUCAAAUGGUAAUGAAUGGAACAGAGCCCUAUGCCUUCACUGUUAAUCUCUUCUCCAAUUAUAAGAAGGAAACCUUUGUUACUAGCUGCAAGAUCUUCCCUGACCACAACUGUUAAGAGAAGGAAGCUGUUUCAGUGUACUUUGUAUCUCAGUCCUGUAAGAAUACUGGCUAUUUGAAGAGAUAGUGCACCAUCUGUUGAACAUGGAACUUAAAGACACAUCAGGUAUUACUCUGCGUGUUGGGGAGAGGAAAGUCAAGGUCAAAAGAGCUGUUUUGAGUGAAAAUAGCAAAUAUUUCCAGGCACUCUUCACCGGGCAGUACUCUGAUUCAAAGAAAGAAGAACUAGAUUUGACAAAAGAUAUAGGCGAUAUUAAAGAUCUCAGAUUACUUCUCCAGUUCAUAAAAGAUGAUACUGUUGAGAUCACAAAUGUGAAUAUAAAAAAAGUUCUUCAGCUUUCUACUUUCUUCGUGAUAGAUAAAUUGAUUGAGAAGUGUGGAAAGUUCAUGAAAGACACCUUAAAUGUUUCAAACUGUCUGGGGUACUAUUUCUUGGCAAAGGAACACACCAUAAAAAAGGUUGAAGCUGUAACCAGUUUGAUGUUGGAAAAUCGAAUGCAUGAUUUAUUGAUAUACGAAGAUGAAAUCAAGCAACUGAAAGCAGAAGAAGUCCAACAUUUGAUAGAAAAAGAUUUCCUUAGGUUCUGCACUAAAGACAGUGUUCGUGACUUUGUGUUUAAAUGGCUGGACAAUGUUGACGUUCUUGAUCAAACACAUCUUGAUGUUGUGUCUGCAACUGUAAAAUACUUUGAGGAGAUGGAAAAUGUCCGGAAAUGUCCUUUAGAAACUGACUGUCCUAAAGCAGGGAAAAACUUGGAAGAUAUUCUGAAGAAACAUACAGAGCUUGGAGAAGAGAUGAGGGAAAAGUUUCAAAGAGUUUUACAUGGACUGACUGUGGAAGAAAAUAAGAGUGCUGAAGCAGGAGAAGGCAGUGAAAGCCCAGAAGGGGAGAAUGUCCUGGCUGUAUUUACAUUCUCAAAUAGGAAGUACAUCAAAAGGGUGUCUACUCAAAGAACGACAAGGAAUAGUUCAAGGUCAAAGCAGAAGGAAGUUCUUUUUGAUAUUUGUGUAUACAAUACUAACACAAAGUGCUGGUAUAAGAUAGAAACUUGUAAGAUGGACACCUAUUAUAGCAGAAUCAACUACAAAGGCACCAUAAGGUCAAUUGUCAGAGCUUUUCCACCACACAUUUAUUGCACAAUGAAUAUAGCGGGUGAUUACGUUUUGCUCCAAGAUGAUGAAUUUGAUCCUACAAAGUUGGUGAUAUAUGAUAUGAAGAAUGACAAGUGGAGCUCUACAAAACUUCUUGCUCUUAUAGCCGAGUAUGUUGAACCAGGAACAAAAAUUUUAGAUAGGUGUACAGUGUACUGGAAUGAUUCCACUUUCAUUAUCCUCAAACUGUAUGCGAAGUGUGAAUUACGCCAGCUUCCUAUUUUUGCCUCUGGUAUGCUCUUUUAUUGUUUCCAGAUCUGUCCGUUAGCAGAUGGAAAACUUCGGCUUUUGGAGAUCUUCAGAACUGAUUUAGUACCAUGUCAGCUUGGUUUCUUAGCAAAUGAGACCUUAGGAACAAUGGUAGGGACAAGUUCAGUCUCAAAUGAAAUGUUGAUUUUGGAUAAUACUCUGGCUGAUCUUGAUCUGGCUUAUGUGGUCGACCUUACGCCGUUAAAAGAUGGUACUGCAGCAGGGCGCUUGCUUGAUUUCAAAUGUAUACUUGAUUCUGAACAUGACGAAGAUGAAACUGAAAGUAUAUUUGAACAUCUUUCAGUUGAAAUCCUGGAAAGGGAGGAUAGGUUCUUAGUAUUCUGCAGUACUUUUGGUGAAGAAGUACAAGUGAAAUUCGAAUAUUUAUACAAGUCUCAAAGACUUGAAACUGUUGCAAAUGGACUUAAGGUUAAACUUCCUGUUGAUGGAAAAGAGGAUGGUUUCCAUUCAAGGGAUAGGUCUAGCAGGUGUGAUUUUAAGGGCUCAAACUGGAUGAUUGUAGAGAUGGACGAGUACAGCAGUUCUUGCAAAAAAGUUACUGUGCAAGAGUCGAGUGGAGACAUUGUGGUGGAGCAACAUACUCCUCCACCAUUCAUGAAUGUAAUUUCCAUCAGUGCCAAACAUGUUAGCAAAGAUUUCUUCUCCAAAUGGACACCUGUGAAGAAUUUUCUUGAAUCCCCCUCAGAGAAAAAAGUUGGGAAAAGCAAGGUGAAAAGAGAGACCUCAUCAGUUUGAAAAGUACUUUAAGGAACUGUUAGAAUAUUUUUUCUGGAACUGUAAAAAGGUACUUUGUGGAACUGCUAGAAUGUACUUUGUGGAACUGCGAGAAGGUAUUUUGUGGAACUAUUGGAAUGUACUUUGUGGAGCUGCUAGAAAGAAUUCUGUGGAGCUCCUAUUGAAUAAUGUAGGACUAAAAGAUAUAACAAGUUGUUAUUUUUCAAUUGUCAUAGUUAAAUAAUGAGACUUUUAAAUUUAGUUUAUUCUUAGUGAAAAAAGGACAGUAGAACUUUCCUAUAAGACCAGUAGUUGCAGUGUAAUGCAUGACCAAACAAAGGCACUUAGUGAAGGUUGUGCAUGCCUUAAGGUUUAAAGUUACUCCAUGGAGACUGCUGUAAUUUUCAGUUGUUAGGUUAUAUGAUUAUUUUAUUUAAAUGAGGCUACAGGUUGAUUGCUCACAAUCUUAGUAGUCCUGUUUCAGCCAGGGAUUAUAAGUUGCUCUUAUCUGUUUGUCCAGUUUUUCUUGUCUGAUCCAUUAAGAGAUAUAAUUGAUAGUAGUUAAUUGAUAAUGAGGCAUCAUGUGUUGUGUGCAGCAGCCAGGCCCCUAGCUAAAAGGUCAAAAACACAUUUGGAAAUCAAAGGUCAACAGGACUUCUUUUCCUGUCUGUUCUGUAGUUAUUAAUAUUACAUUACACAAAUGUUCUGUAUAAUAAGACAACACAUCUUGCUUAAAACAAAGACCCAUUCCUCUGAGGCCAAGGUCAGACAUAGUUGUCAAAGGUUAACAGGAAUUUUUGUUACUAUCCUAUCAAGAGAUUUUAAUAUUAAUUGACACAGAUAUUUCCCAUAAUAAGACGUUGUGUCAUGUGCAACCUUCAGAGGUCAGUGCCACACUUCUUGGUCAAAGGUUAACAUGGUAUUAACAGGGUCUUUUUCAUUUCCAGACCAUAACUCUGCCAUACAUAGCAAAAAUAUUCCAGAUAA